UCCACCACGACACCCCACAAAGGCCAAAAGGCGAAAGACCUCCGUAGCAUCAACGCUUGUGCAACAACUAGAACAGAGAAAGGAGAGAGAAACGCAGACGCAGAGACCGAGAGGGCAAAAUCUCCACGGUUGCCCUCUCCGCCUCCGAUCUUCCUCCUCCACCGCCACCUUCUGCCGCUGCCGCCCUGGGCGUCUCCGCCAAACCCCAACUACUGCAUUUUCGUGUUUUCUUAUGAUUCUCAUUCACCCUAUUUUUGAAAUUUGAUGCGACGAUCGAAUGCUCGUGCGCCGUCGUCCGAAUCUAAGUCCGAAAAUAUGGAUUCGAUAAGGCUUCCGAUCCGACCCACUUCCGUUCGAUCCAACCUCUUCUCUCGAAACCCCAAGCACUCCUCGCGAUCCAACUUGUUGAUCUUCGCGUCCAUUGCGAUCACAGUCGCGGCGUUCUGUUAUGUGUUCGUGAUCACGAGGGGUCAUCGGAGCUCGAUCAAGAGGCGAUUUGGGAUUGUCAUCGAUGGCGGGAGUACGGGAACCCGAAUUCACGUGUUUGAGUACGGGGUGGACAACGGAGGUCCGGUGUUUGAUUUCGGUAAAGGUGGGUUGGUAUCGAUGAGGGUGAACCCGGGGUUGUCGGCGUACGCGGAGGAUCCGGAGGGUGCGGGCAAGUCACUAGUGGAGCUUCUGGAGUUUGGAAAGGGUAGAGUCCCGAAGGAGCACUGGGGGGAGACACAGGUCAGGCUUAUGGCGACCGCAGGAUUGAGGAUGCUUGAGUUGGGGGUCCAGGAGAGAAUACUGGACUCGUGCAAGCGGGUUUUGAGGUCGUCAGGUUUUAUGUUUCGCGAUAAUUGGGCAUCGGUGAUUACGGGAUCUGAUGAAGGGAUUUAUGCUUGGGCUGUGGCAAACUAUGCCCUUGGCACUCUUGGAGGUGAUCCUCGGCAAACAACUGGUAUUAUUGAACUUGGUGGGGCAUCUGCACAGGUAACCUUUGUUUCAAGUGAACCAAUGCCUCCUGAAUACUCGCAUUCUCUUAGGUUUGGGAAUGUUACUUACAAUCUCUACAGCCACAGCUUGCUCCAUUUUGGGCAGAAUGUUGCAUUUGAAUCAUUGCGGGACUCACUUCGUUCUGGAGACCUAAAAUUGUCUACUGAAUCUCUUCACAAGGUUAUCUCAAUAGAUCCUUGUGCUCCUAAAGGUUAUUCACAUGACCUGGAAUCAUUGAAUCUCUCUCCUGAUUCUUUAGCUGGAAGGAAUGACCAACCUACUAUUCAUGCCAGGGGUAACUUCACGGAAUGCAGAUCUGCUUCAUUGAUGUUGUUGCACAAAGGAAAAGAAAGAUGCUCCUACCAGAACUGCUACUUAGGAUCAACUUUUGUACCCAAGCUUCGUGGAAAUUUUUUAGCCACAGAAAAUUUUUUUUAUACAUCAAAGUUUUUUGGGUUGGCUCCAAGGGCGUCUCUUUCUGAUCUGAUGAUAGCUGGACAACAAUUUUGUGAAGAAGAUUGGUCCAAGUUAAAAAGGAAAUUUCACUCAUUUGAGGAGGAAGAUUUACUGCGUUAUUGCUUCUCAUCAGCAUACAUUGUGGCUCUACUUCAUGACAGCCUUGGAAUUGCCUUAGAUGAAAAAAGGAUUGGCUUUACUAAUCAGGUGGGGGAUAUCCCACUUGACUGGGCAUUGGGAGCAUUCAUUUUACAGAGCACAACUGACUUGGAUGUAGAGCACUCUGGCUGGGUUGCUAACAUUAUCAACGACGAAUCCCCGACGCUGCUCUCCCUAGUUUUCAUUUGUCUCAUUUUGAUGUUCACAGCAUGGUCCAUAUCAAAAUGGAGGAAACCCCAGUUGAAAACAAUAUACGAUCUGGAGAAAGGACGCUAUAUAGUUACACGUAUCAAUAGAAGUAGAUGUGCUCCCUGAGAAGGACCAAGCCCAUAUUCAUGGUUUGCCGAUCAAAUGAGCGAACCAUAACGAUAACAAAGAAACAUACAUUUAAAAUUAUUUUCUACCUUAUUUCCAAAAUUUACCUUUGGAAGGAUAUCAUGUGUGUGGGGGAAUUGGAGAUUUGUAUAUCAUGAGGUUUUGGCAUAGAAUGUAGAAUGAGUCAUUGGGGGUUCAUUAGUGUAAGUAUUAGAUUCCAUUUGUAUUUAGUGAGACAGAAACCUCAUUUUAUAGCUUCAUAUUACCCAAACUAUGAGGUUAGGGUAAACAGGUGCAAAUCAAAGGCUGCAGACAGGAAAGUAGCUUUGGUGCUGGUUGGGGAAAGAGGGGGAAGGAGUGUUGAUGUCCUGAGACAGGAUUCCUUUGCAACUCAUUGUAUGAAAACGCGAGAGUUCUUUCCCAAAGUGAUUUCAUUACUGCUUUCAGCUCUGUAUUAAAGUGAAAUGACAUUUCUUUAAACUCCUGAGAUACCAAAGAAAAGAAAAACUUAGGUGUUACGACGGUAUCUCUUCCGGGCCUUCUGCAUAAGUUGCAUAUGCGGUACAAUUUUGAAUUCCAUAGCGUUCGAAUAUACUAUUUUCUCCAUUAAAAGCA